CGUCUUGCUCGUCGUCGUCCCCGCCUCCUCCCCAAGGGCCGCGUCGGAGCCUCGGAGGCGGCGCUCUCAAGCUGAAGAGAGCGGCUCGGCUGGCGGCGGCGGUCAGCGAGACCCUCCUCGCCCCCCUUCGGCCUCGCAGCGCUCCCAGCCGCGGCGCCCGCGCCUCUCCGGCUCGCUCGCUCGCUCGCUCGCUCGCUCGUCCUCCGUCCCUGCGGCCGGCUGCGCCAUGGCGUUGGCGUUGGCGGCGCUGGCAGCGGUUGAGCCGGCCUGCGCCAGCGGGUACCAGCAGUUGCAGAACCAGGAAGAGCCUAUACAGCAUGAACAAGUCAUAGCUGAUGCUCCUCCACCUUACAGCAGCAUCUCUGCAGAGACUGCAGUAUAUUUUGACUACAAAGACGAGUCUGGGUAUCCAAAACCUCCAUCUUAUAAUGUGGCAACAACUCUGCCCAGUUAUGAUGAAGCUGAGAGAACCAAGGCUGAAGCUACUAUCCCUUUGGUUCCUGGAAGAGAUGAUGAUUUUGUGGGUCGAGAUGAUUUUGAUGAUGCGGACCAGCUGAGGAUAGGAAACGAUGGAAUUUUCAUGUUAACUUUUUUCAUGGCAUUCCUCUUUAACUGGAUUGGCUUUUUCCUGUCUUUUUGCCUGACCACCUCAGCUGCAGGAAGAUAUGGGGCCAUUUCUGGAUUUGGCCUCUCUCUAAUUAAGUGGAUCCUGAUUGUCAGGUUUUCUACCUAUUUCCCUGGAUAUUUUGAUGGUCAGUAUUGGCUCUGGUGGGUGUUUCUGGUCUUAGGCUUUCUCCUGUUUCUCAGAGGAUUUAUCAAUUAUGCAAAAGUUCGGAAGAUGCCAGAGACUUUCUCAAAUCUCCCCCGGACCAGAGUUCUCUUUAUUUAUUAAAGAUGUUUUCUGGCAAAGGCCUUCCUGCAUUUAUGAAUUCUCUCUCAAGAAGCAAGAGAACACCUGCAGGAAGUGAAUCAAGAUGCAGAACACAGAGGAAUAAUCACCUGCUUUAAAAAAAAUAAUAAAGUACUGUUGAAAAAGAUCAUUUCUCUCUAUUUGUUCCUAGGUGUAAAAUUUUAAUAGUUAAUGCAGAAUUCUGUAAUCAUUGAAUCAUUAGUGGUAAUGUUUGAAAAAGCUCUUGCAGUCAAGUCUGUGAUGUAUUAAUACUGCCUUAUCAAUUGUUUGUAGUCAUUUUAAAUAGCAUGAGCCUUGUCCCUAUAGUCAGUAGGGGGCAAUCUUGCUUUAUCCAUCUUUCAUCUCAAAAAGAAUUUGGAGUUAAAUAUUUAGUGUAAGAUAUGUAUAAUGCUGGCCAUUUUAAAGGGGUUUUCUCAAAAGAUAAAAAUUUUUGUUAUGACUGCAUUUCUGCACAUAAUCCAUAUUUGCUGUUAAAAUUAACCUAGAAAUUGAUUCAGUUAUACUGUGAACAUUUGAAAACAAAAUCAUAGUGCAAAAAACAUUUAAAGUGUGGUCAAGAAUAUGUUCUUAAUUGGUAAAUAAUGAGCAUUGAUAUAUAUAUAUAUAUAUAUUUUUUUUUUUUUGGAUAGUCUGUCUUCUGGAUUUUGCAGUACCUAUUGUUCUGUGUUGUGUACCUAAGGGACUCUAAAGGUGUUACCACUGUCUGAAAUAGAAAGGACAAAGUCAAAUGCAGAUUAAUUACUAAAAUAUAAUCCUUGAUACUUUCUGUAUGGUUACAUAGAGUUCCUACCCCAUUUUUUUUUUUUCUUUUCUUUUGUCUCCUGAUUAGGUCUGAGACUUGGAGUAGGAAGGAUUUUAGGUACUAGGAGCAAAGAAUUAGCUUGGAACUUUUGAGAUGAUCCCUAACAUACUGUACUACUUGCUUUUACAAUGUGUUAGAACUGAUGUUAUAAAUGUAGAAUGAUGUGCUUUCUGCCAAGUGGUAACUCACCUUGGUUUGCUAUGUUAAAACUGUAAAUACAACAGAACAUUAAUAAAUGUCUCUUGUGUAGCAA